CACAGCUACACCAACGCAUAGCCCAACCAACCCCUAGUAGGAGUAGAACCCACUCUGGCUUCUGGCUUUGCUCAGACAGACACAGAGUGGUCGUUUUGGUCUCCUCCCCCUAACCACCCUACUUGCCUUAUAUAGUUAGGCCAAACCGCCGUUCCACAGGCCAUUUCGGGCGCCGACCUUGCCAUAAUUGAUCACCUCUGCAUUCGGUUUCGGUCAUAAUUGAUAUACUACCGUCGACGUACGUGCAUGCGAUGGCUUCGUUCGUCUCUCCGUCGUCUUCCUCGAUCAUCGCUUGUCUCCUGUUCGUCAUCGUGUCGUUCCUUCAAGGGCUGGUGGCGGCGGCCGGCGUGACGUUCACGUUCACGAACAGGUGCGGCGGCACGGUGUGGCCGGGGGUGCUGGCCAACUCGGGCAGCCCGCCGCUGGAGACGACGGGCUUCGCGCUGAGCCCCGGGGAGGCGCGGUCGCUGGCGGCGCCGACGGGGUGGUCGGGCCGGUUCUGGGCGCGCACGGGGUGCGCCUUCGACGGCACAUCGGGCGGCAAGUGCGCGACGGGGGACUGCGGCAGCGGCGAGGCCGAGUGCCACGGCUCGGGCGCGACGCCCCCCGCCACGCUCGUCGAGUUCACCCUCGGCGACGGCGACGGCGGCAAGGAGGACUACUACGACGUGAGCCUGGUGGACGGGUACAACGUGCCCGUGGUGGUGGAGCCGUCCGCGGCGGGGUGCCCGGCGACGGGGUGCCUGGUGGACCUCAACGAGCGGUGCCCGGCGGAGCUGAGGGCGCCGGCGGGCGAGGGGUGCCGGAGCGCGUGCGAGGCGUUCGACCGGCCGGAGUACUGCUGCAGCGGCGCGUUCGGCGGGCCGGACACCUGCCGCCCCUCCGCCUACUCGCAGGCGUUCAAGGCCGCCUGCCCGCGCGCCUACAGCUACGCCUACGACGACGCCACCUCCACCUUCACCUGCGCGUACUCCGGCACCGCCGCCUACUCCGUCGUCUUCUGCCCCCGCGCCGGCGCCUCCAGCAGCCUCAAGUCGAGCAACGACCCGUUGCCGAGGCCGGGCGACGUCGUCGCCGGCGCGCAGGUAGCGGCGGACACGUGACUGGCGAGCCUGGCGACCGGCGAGAACGGCGCCGCUGUGGCUACGACGGCGGGGGCGGCGCUCAGAGCGGCGCUGGCGGCGGCCGUGGCCUUGCUGGUGUCGUCGCUGUAGCUAAGACGCGGUUGGGGCGAGUAAUUAAUUAAUUAGCUUGAGGUGAUGAGGACGUGAUGAGAAUCAUAUUCUUGUGCCUUUUGCUUGUGGAUAGAGAGGGUGGGACUGAUGACUAGGUGGCAACCAACUUUAUACUAGUAGUAUACUUGUGCUGCAUAUUUUUGCAGUGGUGUCGGUCAACUAGUGCGCUAUGCAUUGGCUGAUUUAUCUCUCCCAAAUCUUGAUGCUCAUGUUCCUUCCUGUGUAUAAAACACCUUCCUUUUUGUUAGAAA